AGUUAGGAGACUGCAGUGGGCAGGCCGCUGAGCGACAAGCGCAGAGGAAGAGCUGCACACACGCGCUCAGCUUAUAGCAAGACUUCAAAAAGUGUCCAGGCAAGCGUAAAAGCUGGCUGCAGAAGAGAAUACAGGAAAGACCAAAAAAAUGCAGCUCAAGAGAGUCCAGAGUGGCUUAGUAUGAAGAACUCUAUUUGAUCUAGGUGAUGCACCCUGGAAAUUCUGAGGACACAUUUCUCUCCAGGGAAACCUGACUUAUCAUAUUAAGUGCUGAGAUGGCUUCUUUCUAAAGGAAUGUGGAUGGCAUCGAGCAGCGUGUGAGGUAUGGGACCUCUGAAGAUACAAACCUAGCAGCAUCCUGCAAUGAUGAUGUAAAAUUUACUUUUUACCUUUUUUGCAGUGACUUUUUGCUUAAGUUUAGUAAGUGACCUGACUGGCUGAAAUAAAAGGGGGAAAGACUAAACGCCAACAGGCUGGCAGCAGAAACAGAGAAGUCCAUGGACAUAAGGAGAGGGUUUUUGUUUAAGGACAGAGAGGAAUCGCUCCUGGGCUAGAACUGUAUAAUAACCACUCCAUAGCUGGUGUUCAGAUUAGAAUUUAAAGCUUUGAGGGAUGAAGAAUCUUUUCUGCUAUUCCUUUUAAUAAUAAAAAAAAUAUUUGUCUAAUUUACAGCCAGAGAACAGUCAGAAGACAUAUUUAAAACCAACAAUAACUCACAAAAAAAGUAAUUCUGACAAGUGUCCUGCCUAAAAAGAAAACAAAAACAUUUGUCCACCUCGACCUCCUAAGUUCACAAAAUCAAGAGUGGCCCUUUUGAGGAAUUGCUGGCCAGCUACAAAUGUUAUUGAGGUGGUCUGCACUCUGAUUGGGAAAGCAACAAAGGCACCAGCUUAUUGUGUACAGACUUUGUUGGACCUUCAACUCCUCUUGAGAACGCAAUUUAAGUGAGAGCAAAGAAUUUGUGCCAAUGCCAGGAGAUGUGAAUAGCUACUGGCACUAAUGAAAUGAGGAUUCGGGGAACUGGACAACACAGGACACAGACAACAGGCUGAAGAUCUUUGGCUGUGUCAUGGCAGUUUCUUUAGGUCAUCUUUGACAUCUUUACCAGAUUCCUCCUGUUCAGAAUGGGAAAUCAUUCCUGGCUGAAAUCGGACCUCCAUCACUCAAUAAGUGGAAGCUACAUUUCUGGAUCCAGUGCAAGCUCCUUUCCUAAUCAGAAUUCAAACUUUUCCGACAUGUAUGUGUACAGUAACAGCACCCCACAGAUGCCAUCACUGACUCCCAGUGCCCUGCCUAAACAGCGUGAUAAGGACUUAGCUAAGGCAGAAAUUGCCAUCCUUGCAGCAAUCAUGGCCCUUGCAGCUGUGGGCAACACCUUUGUACUCGUUAUCCUGGUGCGACGGAGAAAGCACAACGCACCAAUGCAUGUGUUUAUGGUGAACCUGUGCAUUGCAGAUCUGGUUGUGGCAUUCUUUCAGGUAUUACCACAGCUGUUGUGGGACAUUACAGAGCAUUUCAUGGGACCAGAUAUCCUUUGCAGGACUAUUAAAUACCUGCAGAUCGUUGGUAUGUUUGCUUCCUCCUACAUGAUUGUGGCCAUGACCUUUGACCGUCACCAGGCAAUUUGCCACCCGAUGUGGACCUUUCAGAAGCGAGGGGCCCGUUGGAAUAUUCCAAUCACCAUGGCAUGGAGUUUGUCAUUGUUGCUUAGCCUACCACAGAUUUUCAUAUUCUCCAAAACUAAGAAGGACUCAGGGCAAAUGGACUGCUGGGGACAUUUUGUAGAGCCAUGGGGUCUCAAAGCAUACAUUACAUGGAUGACUGUAAUGGUAUUUAUUGGGCCAACCAUUAUUAUUGCAGUUUGCCAGAUACGAAUCUUCAAGGAGAUACACGAGAACAUCUACCUCAAGUCAGAGCGAGUGUCAGCAGAAAUUAAGAAGAAUAAGUUGACAAUUGAGAUGGAAAAAAAUCCUUCAGGCGUGUCCAAAGCCAUGUCCAAGACCAUCAAGAUGACCUUGGUGAUUGUGUUGGUUUAUAUUAUUUGUUGGGCACCCUUUUUUAUCAUACAGCUAUGGGCAGCUUGGGACCCCAAUGCACCAAGUCAAAGUAUCCCCUUCACCAUCAUCAUGCUGCUUGCCAGUCUAAACAGCUGUACAAACCCCUGGAUCUACACAGCUUUUAGUAGCAGUGUCUCCAAGGAGUUGAUCCGUCUGCUGUGCUGUCGUCAGUGGGCAAGGAGGAAGAACUCCAUUCCUGAUGAUUCGAGUACUACUGGAACAUCCACAACAGCAAAAGACACAAUUUACUGAUGCAGCCACAGCAAUCAGGACUGCCUGUGAGGAACAUCCUUGGUAUCAUCCUGCUGUAUAUUCACUUGUUCUGCAAGCAUUGCCCAGAUGGCCAAACGCUUUAUGCCUAAGGCAACAGAUUGUAUUCACCAUAGCAAGUAAAAAAGGAGUACGCCUGCUUGUGCCUGAUGGCAUUUUAUUGAAAUGUUAGGGAUCAGCAGGUCAUAUAUGAUGGUUCAGAAGUGAUGAGGAACUGGAAUUCUUAUCUCCAAAACCUGUGGUAUCAAGUCAUUGUGUUUCUUACCAGCCUCUGUUUAGUUACCUGCUUUCCUACAAUACAACAUGAUGUCCAGCACAGUGUCUUCUGCUCCCCAACACCCAGAGUAUAUAACUCCAUGCUGACAUGGCAUGCAUGGAAGAAGAAUGUUGGGGAGUGAGCGUGAGAGGAAGUGCUGUCCAAGAGCGGAUUAUAGAAGCAGUGAUCCAUGGACUGUAAGUCCCUUUCACACUAGAUCUGCAAACCAUUUGUAACGUAGCAUACGAACACCUACACAAAUUGAAGGGUUAGUUAGCCUUUGGUUGGAGCCAAUCAUGAUUUUGGCAUGUUAAAGCCAGUGCCAUAUUUAAUUCAAAUAAAAGAACAAGAUCAUCUGAUUCAAGGCUGACAAACACAGCUCAAGAGGCAAAAAAAUGCAGCAAAGAGAAAACAUCUAACAUCUUUAUGAAAUCCUGAAGUUUCCUGGACACUUAUUUCUAGUUAUUCAAACCAUAAUUUCAGGAUGAUGUCCUAUCAAAAUCUGCUUUUGUUAAUUUUCAAAUCUUUUAUUAAUGAAGAAAACCUGGAAGAGCUUGUGCAGUGCAUUCUUACUGCUUAAUCAUGAAAGUCAAGCUGCUUUCAUGAAAUGCAGCUUGGGAAAAAAAACAACUAAAUCAGUUUAGUAUCUUGUGCGUUACAAUCCAAGUUGUAGUGCUCAUGUGAAAGCAUUGCAAAGAAAUCAAAAAUGUGUUCUGUGAGGACUCAAGGGAUGUAGGUGCAAACCUAAGGCUGUUAUUAUGGUUCUGCUUCACACCCCAGCUUGCCUGCACUGAAUGGGUUUAUAUUAUGAAAUUCUUACUAUGAUGACUCUGGAACUGAUUUUUCAGAAGCUAAAUAUUAGAAUUUAUUUCUUGUCAUCCAAUGGUGCAAAUGUUUUUCCAUCAACAUUUUUUUGUCAUUGUUUUUGUCUGAUAUUCAUAUUAUAUUGUUAUUGUUUUAUCUUAUCAUGUAUAUCUUGAAUGUUUACAGAUGUUUUCAACCAGCUGUAUUAAACUUUAUAUUUUAUCCA